AUGGCCUUGAACUUGGAGGCCGGCCAAGUCGGUAUUGUCUUGUUCGGUUCCGACACCCUUGUCAAGGAGUCCGAGACCGUCAAGAGAACCGGUAAGAUUGUUGAGGUUCCAACUGGUCCUGAAUUGUUGGGCCGUGUCGUCGACGGUUUGGGUAACCCAAUCGAUGGUAAGGGACCUUUGAACAACUCUGCCACCGCCAAGGCUGAGGUUAAGGCCCCAGGUAUCUUGCCAAGAAGAUCUGUCCACGAGCCAAUGCAAACUGGUUUGAAGUCUGUUGACGCUUUGGUCCCAAUUGGUAGAGGUCAAAGAGAGUUGAUUAUCGGUGACAGACAAACCGGUAAGACCGCUGUUGCUAUUGACACCAUCUUGAACCAAAAGAGAUGGAACGAUGGCCAAGACGAGUCCAAGAAGUUGUACUGUGUCUACGUCGCCGUUGGUCAAAAGAGAUCCACCGUCGCUCAAUUGGUUAAGACCUUGGAGGCCCACGAUGCCUUGAAGUACACCAUCAUUGUUGCUGCCACUGCUUCUGAGGCCGCUCCAUUGCAGUACUUGGCUCCUUUCACCGCUUGUUCUAUCGGUGAGUGGUUCAGAGACAACGCCAGACACGCUUUGAUCAUCUACGAUGACUUGUCCAAGCAAGCCGUUGCUUACCGUCAAUUGUCUUUGUUGUUGAGAAGACCUCCUGGAAGAGAGGCUUACCCUGGUGAUGUUUUCUACUUGCACUCCCGUUUGUUGGAGAGAGCCGCCAAGAUGUCCGAGGCCAACGGUGCUGGUUCUUUGACCGCUUUGCCUGUCAUUGAGACCCAAGGUGGUGAUGUCUCUGCUUACAUUCCAACCAACGUCAUUUCUAUCACUGAUGGUCAAAUUUUCUUGGAGGCUGAGUUGUUCUACAAGGGUAUCAGACCAGCUAUUAACGUCGGUUUGUCUGUCUCUCGUGUCGGUUCCGCUGCUCAGGUUAAGGCCAUGAAGCAAGUCGCCGGUUCCUUGAAGUUGUUCUUGGCUCAAUACAGAGAGGUCGCUGCUUUCGCCCAAUUCGGUUCCGACUUGGACGCUUCUACCAAGCAAACCUUGGCUAGAGGUGAGAGAUUGACCCAAUUGUUGAAGCAAAAGCAAUACUCUCCUUUGGCUGCUGAGGAGCAAGUUCCUGUCAUUUACGCUGGUGUCAACGGUUUCUUGGACGACAUCGAGUUGUCUAGAAUCGGUGAGUUCGAGGAGUCCUUCAUGUCUUCCUUGAAGUCCAACCAGCCUGAGGUUAUUGAGGCCAUCAGAACCACUGGUGAGUUGACCAAGGAGCAAUUGGCUACCUUGAAGGCUGCCACUGAAUCUUUUGUUGCUUCCUUUUAA